AUGAAUCCUUCUAUUGAGUAUUAUAAUCUCCAGUAACACAAGCUUUACGAAUACAUGGUUGGGUUAACCUAGAACGUAACAGGAGUUGAAAAGAUAUUCGCAGAAUUAAUAACAUGCCUCCAAGAUUUUAGUUCAGCAAUUUCAAGUAUUGGAAGAAAGUUUCACUCUUAAAUAAGCAGUGGGAAUGAACCAGAUAUUUUAGUUUGCUUAUAUUAAUAAGUGAGCAAUUACUUAUUAAGAUUGUCAUAAAAUUGGGAUAAUACAGCUCAAAAAAUUAGGAGUGAAAUUGCUGAACCUUACUCUUAAUUUGUAGUGAAUUUCAGAUAAACAAAUAGAAGUUUGAAUAGCGAUUCCAAAAAGCAAGUAGCAGAAAUAGUAGAAACUAGAAAAGAAAUGUGUAAAACUUAAGAGGAAUAUUGGAAAUUAAUGAAAUUAUUUGAAUAGAAAUCUGAAUAGGCACAAUAAAUGAUAGAUCAUAUUGAAAAAGGAAAUGCAACAAAAGAGGAUUUUUAAAGAUAAUUUAAUAAUUCUCUAAGAAUAUAAGAAUUGGCAGAUGGAAUGGAAAAGGACUAUAAAAAAUUACUAUAGAUAACAAAUGAAAGGUGGAAACUAUUUCAUUAAGAAUGGGAUACUAUAUUUGCAAAUGUUGGUUUGAAUGAAUAGAGUAGGAUUAUGUUUACGAAGCAAACUGUUAGUGCAUUAUUGAAAUUGCUGCCAUUUGAUUAAGAUUAAUCAUAAUUUGAAGAAAAAAUAUCUGAUUUAGAACUUAAAUUGAAAUAAGACCCCAAGAUACCAAUUAGGAAGUUGAUUGAAAAAAGAAUGCAAAUUUAAGAGGGGUCCUUUAAAUUUUCAUUCGAAGAGUUCAUAAGUUAUGAAUAAUGGAAAAAGAAUCCCCAAAGUCAUGAUUAAGCCCAUCCUGUAUAAUAGGUUUAAAAUUAAUGGACUCUUGUUGGCGAUAAGAUCUUAGAGGAGGAGAAAAAGCUUAUAGAUAGAUAUCUAUAUUCUUUAUUUUAAAUAGAUCUAUCAGAUAAAUGCGAAUAAAUAAUAAAAAUAAAGUAAAUUCUUUAGAAACCAGUGGGCAGAAAUUAUUUUAUAACUUCUUUGAAUAAAUUACACACUAAAUCAUAUCAAGACAAAUAAGCAAAAUUCUAUUUAACAUUAACAACUGAAUAGUUUAUGGAAUUGUUAUAAUUAAUUAGACACUGGUUAAAUUAUGUUGAUUUGAAUGAAAUCUAUGAAUCUGAGGAUAUUUAUGAUUUAUUAUUAAAAGCAAUUCGAAUAGUCAGAAUGGAUGGAAAAGAGAGAGUUAAUUUAGCCUCUUAAUUAUCAGAUAUUCCUCUUUGGACUAAAGUUGAUAGAUGGAUAGAAUUAUUUCAAUUUAUAAGUGCCAAGAAAGUAGAUGAAAAGAGAAAGUAAGCUCAAUCAAUCAUGCAAUAAACCUAAAGCACUAUUUUGAAAAAAGGAGUAAGAAUAAUUGGAAAGGGAUUAUCGAUUAUCAAGAAUUUUGGUGCCUAGUAAUCUAAUAUGAUAGAAGUAAACGAAAGUGAAAUCUGCUAUAUGAUAUUAGAUGAAAUUAAUCUAUUUAUAUAUUCCUUAAAAUUGCCAUCAGAAUUAUCUGCAGAAAUAAUCAUUCAAAUUGCAUCAUAAUAAUAACAUAUUGAUAAGGAUCAUGUUGUUAAGUUAUUGGAGAAAUAGGAAGAUUUGCAUAACACUCAAUGGAAGAAGCUUUUCAAAUCAGGUAAAGUGCUUUUAACUCAUAAAACUGAAAAGUACGAAAGAAACAAGUUAUACAUUUAUGAAAAUAAAGUAAUUUAAGGAUGUGGAGCUUGUUUAAAAUUUUUAUCUAUUUAGGAUUAACCAUAAAAGUUACUGACUCUCAAUAGCAAUUUUAAUAAACAGUUGAAACACAAAAUUAAGAAGUUCUAUUUGGGAAACUCUUAAGUUCUCUCAGAUGAAUCUACUCACUAAUUGAGAUUGAGAUUGAUGUCUUAAGCUUUGAAAUUGAAAUAAUUGAACAUUGAUUAUGUUGAAAUGAAAACUAAAGUAGGAAUAGAGAUGGAUGUUAAUAAUCUCUAUGAAGAAACAAUUAAAUUGGAUGUUUAGAGAAGUCUUCACAUUCACAAAGAUAAAAUUAAUUCAAAUGUUCUAUAAAGUUUGUUAAGAAUUUAUGCAUUUUACAAUUAAGAGGUUGGAUAUUGUUAAGGCAUGAAUUACAUUGCAGGAUACCUUUAUUUAACUUAUUAAGAUUAAGAGGUAGCAUAUAAGGCUUUUGAUAGAAUGAUGAAUCUCUAUUUUAAGGAAUUAUACAUCAAUGAUUUUUCUAAAUUGAAAACUGGAUUUUAUGCUUUUGAAAGAUUGCUCUGUAUUUUCUUACCUGAAUUAUCUUAACAUUUGAAGGACUAGAAGAUAGAUGCCUCUUAUUAUGUUGCUUCUUGGUUCAUUACUUUAUAUUCUAAUGUGUUUCAAUAUAGUUAAAGAUCAGCCCUAUUGAAUGUGAUAUGGGACUUAUUUUUAGCAGAAGAAUGGAAAGGAUUCUAUAAAGCCACAUUUUAUAUAUUUUCAUUGAUUCAAUAGCAUAUUCUAAAUCUUGAAUUUGAUGAAAUCCUUCAUUUUUUAGGAUAGCUGAUUAAAUCAGAAAUAUUUAGUGUCAGUACAGAAAAAGAAUUAAUCUAAUACAUUUAGAAAUUUGAUAAAUCUGUCAAAGAUGAUGUAUCAAUAAAGAAAACGAUUCUAUCAAAAUUUAGAAUAACUAAUAAAAUGUUAAAGAGUUUGGAAUCAGAGUACCAUAGCUUUUAAUUGAAAUUGAAUAAAAAAUUUAAUUAAUGCAUGAAAAGAUGAAUAAUGAUAUCUAUUAUUUAGUAUAAAAGUAAUUUAAAAUCAAAAAUAA